AUGGAUUUCGAACCCGAAGACAUUGAUGACGACUCUACACUUUGCCCAAAGUCUUGGAGGACCGAAACUUCAAGAUCUACGAACCUAUACGCUCCAUGGACGAAAAUCGUGGAGCAAUUCACGGUUAGUGGUCUCACAAAGAGCUCCGAUAAGCUGUACGCGCUCUCUGGAGUUGCUGAAAGGAUGAGAGUCCUUACAGGAGAUAACUAUGUUGCUGGAUUGUGGGAACGCAAUUUGCUAUUUGAUCUCCUUUGGUACAUAGAGAAGGGUCGUCAAGCAAAUUGGGAGCCGUCCUACAGAAUCAGCCCAUCCCCAGCACCAUCAUGGUCCUGGGCAUCGGUUCAAGGAAGAGUGCAUUUUGCCCAAGGUCGACUCGAUAUUGCCUGGGGGCCACCACUGGUAGAGAUACGCGCUAUCGAUAUCGACUCAGUCACAAAAUGUGACAACAUUGACGCCAAUCGUGGCACAAUCAUCAUUUCAGGAGCCUUGGAGAAGAUGCCAGAACUUGCAGUGCUUCCGGAAUAUAUGUUCAGCAUGUUUCCAGGCGCCGGUUCAUCAUGCUGCAUGGAUGACGAUGAAGACCUCCAGACCAAUGAUGACUUGUAUGCUUUGCCUAUGAGGGCCAUGAAGAGUGUCAAUGGGGAAUCGCUUCUGUGUUUAAUCCUGACACCAACGUCGAAGAAUUCUGAAGUUUUUCGCAGGGCUGGGCUGCUCUCGUUAGCGAAGGAUGAAUUAGACGACUUUGAAUGGGCUGAUGGGGAGUGGCACAAUGGUACUAGUGGCCUAUAUCUUAAGCCUCAUGUAAUCAGAAUUCAAUAA